AUGAAUACGAACGAAGAGGACGCCAUGCUAUUAAUUGACUGGAUCGAUGCAUUGAAUCCUCCGGAAUUCGAAGAAGCGGAUGGCGAAUUUCUAGAUUUUCCAAAUCCAAGUUGGAGGUCGGAGAACGCGAUUUUACACAACCUUCACCUCGUCAAUCAGAUACUUCAAAUAUACAUGCGCCAUUUAGAUUGGUUGGCUCAACAUUAG